UCCGACGACUCGGACAACAUGGCGUCGGAAGAUAGUAGUGAUUCACAGCAAAGAAGAAGAAGGCACCGGGACCCGGAGGAACCGGAAAAAACGGAACACAGAGAAAGAGAGCUGACAGUGGCAGUAGCAGUGGCCCAAGAGAACGAAGAGGAUAAUGAAGAGCGCUGGGUUGGGCCUUUACCCGUAGAGGCAACAUUGGCCAAGAAGAGAAAAGUUCUAGAUUUUGAAAGAGUCUACCUUGAUAAUCUCCCCAGUGCAUCCAUGUAUGAGCGCAGUUACAUGCACAGAGACGUUAUCACCCAUGUGGUAUGCACCAAGACAGACUUUAUUAUUACUGCCAGUCAUGAUGGACAUGUUAAGUUCUGGAAAAAAGUGGAAGAGGGAAUUGAAUUUGUUAAACAUUUUCGGAGUCACCUAGGAAUUAUUGAGAGUAUUGCAGUUAGCUGUGAGGGAGCAUUGUUCUGUUCUGUGGGUGAUGAUAAAGCAAUGAAGGUGUUUGAUGUUGUGAACUUUGACAUGAUCAAUAUGCUGAAGCUUGGCUAUUUUCCUGGACAAUGUGAGUGGGUCUAUUGCCCAGGGGAUGCUAUAUCUUCAGUUGCUGCUUCUGAGAAGAGUACAGGAAAAAUUUUUAUUUAUGAUGGUCGAGGAGAUAACCAGCCACUUCAUGUUUUUGACAAACUCCAUACAUCACCUCUUACUCAGAUACGACUAAACCCAGUUUACAAAGCAAUAGUGUCUUCUGACAAAUCUGGAAUGAUUGAAUACUGGACUGGGCCUCCUCAUGAAUAUAAAUUCCCCAAAAAUGUGAACUGGGAAUAUAAAACUGACACAGAUUUAUAUGAAUUUGCCAAGUGCAAGGCUUAUCCAACCAGCAUAUGUUUUUCACCUGAUGGAAAGAAAAUAGCUACAAUUGCUUCUGAUCGAAAAGUUAGAAUUUUCAGGUUUUUAACUGGAAAACUCAUGAGAGUCUUUGAUGAAUCACUAAGUAUGUUUACUGAACUACAGCAGAUGAGGCAGCAGCUCCCAGACAUGGAGUUUGGCCGACGAAUGGCUGUAGAACGUGAGUUGGAGAAGGUGGAAGCAGUGAGAUUAAUUAAUAUAGUUUUUGAUGAAACUGGACACUUUGUGCUGUAUGGAACAAUGCUGGGCAUUAAAGUUAUAAAUGUAGAAACAAACCGGUGUGUGCGGAUCUUAGGCAAGCAAGAAAAUAUUAGAGUGAUGCAAUUGGCUUUGUUCCAGGGAAUAGCCAAAAAACAUCGUGCUGCAACUACUAUAGAAAUGAAAGCAUCUGAAAACCCUGUUCUUCAGAAUAUUCAAGCUGACCCAACAAUAGUCUGUACAUCUUUCAAAAAGAACAGAUUUUAUAUGGUAUGUGGAAAUGCUCUGAAUAGAUUUCAUAUUUUUAAAAUAUGUCUUACUAGGUGCCCUAAGACAGUGGAAAACUUCUGUGUUCACAGCAGAAAUGGUUAUUAUAAUGGACAUACAUUUCACCGUAUAAUUAAGGGCUUCAUGAUUCAGACAGGAGAUCCGACAGGUACUGGUAUGGGAGGAGAAAGCAUAUGGGGAGGAGAAUUUGAAGAUGAAUUUCAUUCAACAUUACGACACGACAGACCAUAUACACUCAGCAUGGCCAAUGCUGGGUCAAAUACUAAUGGAUCUCAGUUUUUCAUAACAGUGGUACCAACGCCUUGGCUUGAUAAUAAGCAUACGGUAUUUGGACGAGUGACUAAAGGAAUGGAAGUUGUACAAAGGAUCUCCAAUGUCAAAGUUAAUCCCAAAACAGAUAAGCCCUAUGAGGAUGUCAGCAUCAUAAAUAUUACUGUCAAGUAAACUAAAAUUGUUUCAUUGUAUUGUGUAAAUAAAAAUACACAUUGUAAACACAGGAUUAUUUUACAUUAUGAAUCUCUUAAGACUAGUUGAACAUACAAAUCAUGUUUCAAGUUUUAUAUUUUUAUAUUUUUCAUUAAAGUCCACUUUUUUAAAA